UGCUGGACUUUCCAGCAGCUGUGAUAUGAAAUGGAUUAGAUAUAAAUGUACAGAUCUGAAUGAAGUCAGCUUUACAACAUGAGAAGGCAGGAAAUGUGACUUCAUGCAAGCGACUUUACAGUGAAUAUAUUGGGGUACAGCAUAGCUGUCACUAUGGCAACCAGCGCUGUUCCCAGUGACAAUCUCCCCACGUAUAAGCUGGUAGUGGUGGGGGAUGGGGGAGUGGGGAAGAGCGCUCUCACCAUUCAGUUCUUUCAGAAGAUAUUUGUCUCUGAUUACGACCCCACCAUCGAGGACUCCUACCUCAAACACACUGAGAUUGAUGCCCAGUGGGCAAUAUUGGACGUUCUGGAUACAGCAGGCCAAGAGGAGUUCAGUGCUAUGAGGGAACAGUACAUGAGGACUGGGGACGGGUUCCUCAUCGUGUUCUCUGUCACAGACAAGGCCAGCUUUGAACAUGUGGACCGCUUCCAUCAACUCAUCCUCAGGGUGAAGGACCGGGAAUCCUUUCCUAUGGUUCUUGUGGCCAACAAAGUGGAUCUGCUGCACUUACGUAAAAUACCCAGUGAUCAGGGGAGGGAGAUGGCUAGUAAACACAGUAUAGCUUACAUUGAAACAAGUGCUAAGGACCCAGCCAUGAAUGUUGACAAGGCGUUCCACGAGUUAGUUAGAGUAAUCAGGCAACAGAUUCCAGAGAGGAGCCAGAAGAAGAGGAAUACUAAAGUGCGGGGCUGACAGGUCCACUGUCUCCCACAGACUGCACUGUGUUGUCCUAUGAUGGUUUUUACUUGUACAGCUGCUCCCUACAGGACAGUGGGAAGAUGAUUACAUUUAGGAGUGUUUACUCUCUACACAGAGUUCCAGGAGGCAGUUUGUACCCUCUACCCUGACACAUGAGUUAGGUAGUAGGGUCAGGUCCAACAGCACAGGAGUUGCCCGGACAUGGGAUGUGACUGACUCGCCCUAAAAGGACCAGUGGAAUAAUUUACAGCUCUUCUGAGAAUGUGCACUAAUUUACUCAACUACAUGGCGAUAAAGUGGCAUCAAUACUGCCUUUAUCUACKAAAGAAGCUCUUUGACAGAGAAACUGGACAUAUGGGCUCACAAAGAUKAUCUGUAAAUAAUUAGGACACACUGUAGCAGGGUCACACAAACAUCGUUUUACUAAGAGGUAGGCCUUUAAAACUUGGUCCAUGUUUUUUUUAAAUAAUUUUCUUGUGAUAGUCCCUAUCAUUAAGAUGGAGGCCAUUGAGUAAAGCACUGGAAGGAGGGAGGAAACAGAGCUUUCCCCAGCGAGGGGGAGUAUAGUAGAGAGGGGAGUGAGAGGAGGGGAGAGGAUGUGUCUGUUUGUGUUG